AUGGCUUUCAAUGCCCCCUCGUCCACUGUCGACCAGCUCCUCCAGUCUCUUACACUGGAGGAGAAAGUCGCCUUGCUUGCGGGCAAGAACAUGUGGGAAACCGCCAACAUCGACCGCUUGCACAUCCCCAGUCUGAAGAUGACCGACGGCCCGGCCGGAGCCCGCGGGUCCAAAUGGACGUACGGCUCCCUGACCACAUGGAUUCCUUGCGGGGUGUCGCUAGCCGCCACCUUUGAUCCGGCCCUGGUGGAGAAAGUCGGGACCGUUCUGGGGCAGGAGACCCGACGCAAGGGCUGCCAGGUGCUGCUGGCCCCAACCAUGAACCUGUCGCGCUCGCCCUUGGGUGGGCGGAACUUUGAGGGCUACGGGGAGGACCCUUACCUCAUUGGCGUCAUGGCGACUGCGAUGAUCCGGGGCAUCCAGAGCCAGGGUGUCGGGGCGUGCAUGAAGCAUUUCAUCCUCAACGACACCGAGACUCGGCGAUUCAAUGUCGACCAAACGAUUGAUGAGCGCACCUUACGGGAGGUGUACAUGAAGCCGUUCACCAUGGCCGCGCGGGACGCAGCGCCGUGGACUGCCAUGGUCAGCUACCCGAAGAUCAACGGGUUACAUGCCGAUCUCAGUCCCGAUAUCCUGCCGCGGCUGCUGAGAGAGGAGCUACAGUAUGAUCGCUUGGUCAUGAGCGACUGGGGUGGCCUGAACAGUACGGUCGAAAGCUUGCUGGCCACGACCGACCUGGAGAUGCCGGGUCCGCCGGUACGUCGGGGGCAGCGUUUGUUAGCCGCCAUCCACGACGGUCGCAUUGACCUGGCUACACACGUCGACCCGAGUGUGCGACGAGUACUGCAGCUCCUGGAACAAACGGGGCUGCUGAAAUCUUCCGAUCCCACGGACGUGUCUUCCGAACAGACCAAUGACGAUCCUGCGUUCCAUCAGAUCGCGCGCGAGGCCGCGCAGAGUGGCCUUGUGCUGCUGAAGAAUGCCGACGUGCUGCCUCUUCAACCUUCGAGGCUGCGGAAGAUCGCAAUCAUUGGACCUAACGCUCGCAAGCCCACAGCUGGUGGAGCGGGCAGCGCCGCUGUCAAUCCUUUCUAUAUCACCACGCCCGAAGAGUGCCUCCGAAACGCGAUUCAAGCUGCGAACCCGGACACCAAGGUCACAUAUCGGUCCGGGAUCGGCGGCAGCCUGCGCCCCCCUCUUUUGGGCAAUAAAUUAACUGUGCCCGACGGAUCACUCCAGGGUCUCCAAGUGAGCUUCUUUGCAGGUCAUACCUUCGGGGGCUCAGUCGUGGCGACCAGUCUGUGGGACGACUCCCUCAUUUAUCUUAUGAGUGAUGGCGAUAUUCCGGCCGCGCUGGAGGGUCGGCCGUACUCGUAUCAGGCUUCCGGAAUAGUCACUCCAUCCGAAUCGGGCCGCUACACCUGGAGCCUAGCCAACACCGGGAAAGCAAAAUUGUUCCUCGACGACGAGUUGCUCAUCGACAACAGUGAGUGGAGCGUGGUGACCGGUGGGUUCCUGGGUUGCUCGAGUGAGGACCGGAUCGCUAGCAUCCAUCUCGAGGGUGGUCGCGCCUACCGGCUGCGAGUAGACAACGUCGUCACCUUGCCGCUCGUUGAUGCCUUCGACAACACGCUAUUCCCUCGCAUAUCGGGCGUGCGCGUGGGACUCGCCUUGGAGCGGGAUGAGACGCUGAUGCUGGAGCAGGCCGUCGCUUCGGCCCGCGAAGCCGACGUGGCCGUGGUCGUAGUCGGCCACAACAAGGAUUCCGAAGGGGAGGGAGGCGACCGGGCGCACAUGCAGCUGCCGGGUCGCACCGACGAGCUGGUGGCGGCCGUCUGUGCCGCCAACCCCAACACGAUUGUCGUCGUGCAGGCGGCCAGUGCGGUGACCAUGCCUUGGGUGGAUGCCGCGGCGGGUAUUGUGAUGGCUUGGUACCAGGGCCAGGAAAACGGCCAGGCCCUGGCGCAGGCUCUUCUAGGUCACUGCAACUUUUCGGGCAAGCUUCCCAUCACCUUUCCGCAGCGACUCGAGGAUCAUGGCUCGCACGCCUGGUUUCCUGGGGAGGCUGCGCAGGAUCGCAACACUUUUGGAGAAGAGGUGCUGGUUGGGUAUCGGUACCUUGAUAUCCAAGGAAUUCCGCCCCUUUGGUCAUUUGGGUUCGGCCUCUCUGGAACCAUGAGCGUCUCGUCUCCUGAGAUCAGGGUUUCAAUCCACGCGCGAGUUCUCAAUGUUGGGGGUUGCGACGGACAGGAAGUGGUGCAGGUGUACGUGGCCCCCUCUGCACAGAUUGAGGAGAUGGGCCUUGUCGGGUAUUCCAGGACGUUGGCGGGGUUUAGCAAAGUCAUUGUGCCUGCAGGAGAGUCGCGCCAAGUGACUAUUUCCAUUCCUGGAUCGGAGCUUAGGUGGUAUGAUGCGAAGACUGGGCAGUGGCGACUGGAUGCGGGCAUGUAUAAGUGCUGGGUGGGGCGUAGCCUCUAUGAAUCUGAACUCACUACGGUCGUCAUGGAAUGCACUACUCCUGUAGCCUGUCUAAAUUGCCGAGACAAGCACCUAAAAUGCGAUGGAAAUCUGGCUGGAUGUACUCGAUGCCAGUCGCUUAGUCUUCCGUGCCACUUCAUCCCCUCUCGCCGUGGCCGCAAAUGUCGUCCAGCCUUGCCAGCAUCUUCCAUUCUAUCACUAGCUUCACCAGCAUCAUCGAUACCAAUGGUUCAGCUGAAUGAGCAGCAACUACAACCGCACGAACAACAGCAGUCCAAAGAACAGGACCUGCAACAAUUCGCUUCGUUUCGGGGACGGGAACAAGGCUUGCAGUUGAUUUCACUGUACUAUCUCCAUUUUCACCAGGCACAUCCUUUCCUGCCCCCAAUGGAAACUCUCCUAGAAUCUAAUCCUCCAUCCUACUUACUGGAUAUCCUGGACUUUACCAGUCUACAUUAUCUAUCGUCCCAAUUUUUCCAUGACAGCAGCAAGAUACUCCUUCUGGCGGUGCAGGCAGCCGAGCUCAGUGUCGAAAAGACCCAGGCUUUUCUGCUUCUGGCCAUUGUGCAACACGGGCGACAGCAAGCCCACGAGGCUCGAUCAUGUCUCGGUCAGGCCCUUCAAUGUGCGCUGGAAUUGGGUCUGCACCGUCGCGAGGCUUCCGACGCGCUUGGCAUCGACGCUCCCUUGAGAGCGGAGAGUCUCCGACGAACUUGGUGGGAGAUCUUCGUGGUCGAUGUGCUACUCGCAGCCGUUCAGGCCGAUGGAUAUCUCCAAUUUGAGAUGAGGGAGACGCCCGAAGUCCCCCUUCCUUGCGGACCAGAGGAGUAUCAGCCAGGCUGUAUUAUGAGUCCUCUCCUGCCCACGCUCGGCGACUUGGAACACAAUAGUCUGUUCUGCGGAGAUGUCGAGUUUUCACCCUGUGCCUACCGGAUAGAAGCCGCCAUGAUGUUGCGAAAAUGCUUGCGCGCGGGUGAGACACAUGUCACGCAGGAGAUGCUCGACGUACUCAGCGCCGCCAUCACCGCCUGGUUCCAUCGGUUGCCAUCGAGUCAACGGCCCAUCCUCCAGGCGAACGGCAUCUUGGACGAGGCAAUGAUGCAGGCCGUGAUGUUGAUGCACUGCGCCAGUAUCUAUCUGCACUUUCCGCGCUCUUGCCUUCUGGCCUUUCUCCCCAUCACCGGCCGUGUCCUUUGUUCGUCGCCGCCCGCACUCAUCACCACUUCCCCGGAUCCUCAAUUGCACACCGCAAAGGUAGCGGAGAGUGCCGUCCAACUCUCCCGACUGGCGUCAUUGUCACCCUCGGUCAUUGACCACAGUCCGUUCUUUGGCUGCACACUGGUGAUAAGCUCCGUGAUACACGUAGCACUCAUGCUCAGCGAUGGCCUGCAACCUCCGGGGCCCAGGCAACAGUAUCUGGCGCUGAAUCUGGGAGUCCUCAAGUCGAUGGGGGAGACGUGGCCCAUUGCUGCCAGCGCGAUGCAACGGAUUCGUCAGGCUGUGAUCGAGGUUCACACAGCAAUCUCGUGCGACACUCGUCCUCUGCUGGACGUUUUUUCUCCCUCCACGUCAGAUUGA